AGGGGAAGAGAUCGGUCGAAGACGAUGGCGGGCGAAGGAGAAGGCGUCAAGCUGCUGGGAACGGUGGUGAGCCCGUUCGCGGUCCGCGUGCGCAUGGCGCUGCACCUCAAGGGCGUAAGCUACGAGGACCUGGAGCAGGACCGGUUCGACAAGGGCGACCUCCUCCUAGCCUCCAACCCGGUGCACAAGAAGGUCCCCGUCCUCAUCCACGCCGGCAGGCCCGUCUGCGAGUUGCUCGUCAUCGUCGAGUACGUCGACGAGGUCUGGGCCGGUGCGGCCUCGCUCCUCCCCGCCGACCCCUAUGACCGUGCCGUCGCCCGAUUCUGGGCAGCCUACGUCGACGAUAAGGUGGUCUCCUCGAUGCUAGGCAUCCUGCGCGCGACCACCGAGGAGGAGCGAGCGGAGAGGCUCGACACCGCGCUCGCGGCGGUCAGGCCCUUGGAGGACGCCUUCGACGCUUGCUCUGGCGACAAGGCCUUCUUCGCCGGCGACUCCAUCGGGUACCUCGACCUCGCGCUCGGGUGCCACCUCUUCUGGUUCGAGGCGUUGCGCGAGAUGUUCGGCGUGAUGGUCAUCGUCGCCAGCAGGACCCCGCGCCUGGCCGCCUGGGCUGGAAGGUUCCUGGAGAGAGAGAUGGCCAAGAAGGCGGCGUUGCCCAUUGAGAGCAUAGUGGAAUACGCGGGUCCUUGUUUCUUCCAUGGAGGAUCGAUCAGGAGACAACAUCCCAUGGAGCUCGAGCCCCUCCGGCUUGUUCAGUUAUCUCGUCGUCGGGGUAGGCGUCUCCGAUCCAGACCCACUCCAUCCCUCGGCUGGAGCCCCGCUCGCCCUUGUUCCCCGCCUGCGUGCCGCCCCCAGCUAACCGCCCGCUCCUCCUGCUCGUGCGUGGGCACGGGAAUGACGUGCAGCACCGAUCCAGCUCAAGGAUUGACAGUCUUGUUGACCCAGCGACCAGCCAGAGACAGUACCUGGCCCAUGCCCACCUCCGGCCUCGCCAUGCGCCUCGCCCCGUGCUCCUCCAGGCUUGCCGUGGCCCUGUUCCGGCCGGCCACCGGCGACCUCCAGGUUGGUCCCCUCGUGGACGUCUGCCCUGCUCCAUCUCCCUUCCCUCUUCCCUCUCUCACCUCGUCUCUCUCCCUCUCUGUCCAACACGUACAGCUCCACCCCGCCAUGGAAUGA